AUGUCCGGAAUUCGGCACGACAAAUCAGCUCAGCUGUGCGUGCUGCUUGCUGACACAAUUGUUUUCCCAGAGGGAAAUCCGCCUGGCGGGGAAGAUGGUAUGGUCUGUCAUUGGUAUGUGACCAUGCCCGAUGGCAAGACUACACACUUGCCGUCAGACAUCUUCUUGGCAGCAAAGAGGGGUGUGAAAGCGCAGCUGGACUGGUGUGCGUUUCUGGUGAUCGAUACUGGCGCCGAGGCAGAUCUCCGCCUUACGAUUGCGGACUUGGCAGGCACUCAUCUUGGCGCCUACUUUGGCAACAUCAAGCAGCUGGCCAAAUCCGACCAGUUCGACAUCCGACAGCUGACCUUGCAGAAUGUGAAAGGAGCCGUGGCCACCAUCACGAUUCGAGCAGCCGCACAGAUGAGGUGGACGAAAGCCGCCGCGGCGCAACGGGAGCCUGGAUCUUGCGAGUUCCUUACUCCAGCAAAAGAUGCUCAGUCCGCUCAUAUCUGGCAGUUCCUCUUUCCGAACCGCGCGAUCCCAGCGGCUGGAGCUGCUAGGACAGAGCUCAAGACAAUCAAAGAGGAGCCCGAGGCAGAGGCCUCCGCUCCUUCCACGAACAAGGCAGAGGAGGAGAAGGCAUCGGACGCAGAAGGCGAAGAGCAGGAAGAAGAGGAGGAAGAGGAGGAGGAAGAAGAAGAAGAAGCAGAGGAAGAAGACCAGGAAGCCGAUGAGCAGGUGCCCGAUGCGACAACUGGGCAGAUGGCAGAACCCGAAGAAGCGGCAGAGAAGCAGCUCGCAGCGAAGGAGCAGGUCAACAUGGAGACGGAGCGUGAAGCCGCAAGUCAAGCCCAGGCUCAAGCGCUACAGGUAGCAAGGGAACGCGAGGCCCAGGAGCAAGAGGCAAAGCGUGAAGCUCAAGAGCGCGAGCAGCGCGAAAUCAAGGAGCGUGAAGCUCGAGAGCGAGAACUGCGAGAGUUGCGCGAACGUGAGGAACGAGAGCGAGCAGAACAUGCAGAACAGCAGCGACAGCUGCGCGAGGCUUCGGAACAAGAAGCCCGAGCUCAGCAAGAGUCCCAAGAGGCCAAGGCGAGAGAAGCCGAAGGACAAAGGCAGCUUGAGAAGCGUCGCACACACGGUCGAGCUUCGAAAGUGGAGGAAAAGAGGGAUUCCAGCACUUCACGGCCGGAGCAUAUCCAGGCCGAGGCUCCAUCCAGAAAUGUGGAAAAGCGAGCAUCCAGUGCACCCGGAACGAGCAAG